GUCAGUUGGAGGUGCCAAUAGUGUGGAUUAAGGCUGGUAAAUCCAAUAUCUGCCUCUUCAUAAGUGGCAAAGUACAGAAUGAAAGUAAGUUUUCCCAGCCAUGUGUAAACACCAAGAUGCCCCUCCUGCUCAAGGGAAAUACCUGGCCAUCACUAUGGCUUUGUUAACUGAGGCUGAUAAGAAGAAUAUCCGAUGUACCUGGGCAAAGUUAUUUGAGAAUCCAGAAGAGCAUGGAAAAUCAAUUGUGAUUAAGCUCUUCACAGAUUAUCCCGAGACAAAAAAAUACUUCAAGACCAUCCCAACUGAAGGCAACCUGCAGGCAAAUCCACUGGUGCGUUUCCAUGGGAGGAGAGUCAUGGUUGCCGUAAACCAGGUGGUUGAAAAUCUAGACAAUUGGAAGCAAGCCUGCAGAAUUCUGGACCGUCUGGCAGAUAAACACAGGACUUCACACAGUGUUGAAGUUGAGAAUUUUCAGUAUAUAUUUCAGGUGAUGGAGUGUGUACUCAGAAAUGUCUUGGGAAAUGAGUUCAAUAGCAGGGUCUCCACCUCCUGGAAGAAGCUAUUCACUUUACUCUUUGAGCAAAUAGAGGAAACGUAUGGGAGCUCUUCCCAGUCCUGAAGUGUCCACAGUAACUCCACUGUGAUGGAAGCAGGGCGGCAGAUUUUUGUUAUUGUUUCUGCUGGUAUAAA